AUGAGAGCUCGAUUGUGGAAUACCGUUGAACAGACCAUGCCAUGGAUCGGUCGUGGUAGCCGGCAGCCAUUAUCACAGAUCGAGGCUCGUUCUCCAUUUUCGACUGUAUCCCCCUCAUACGCACCGCCCGAUUCAGCAAGAGACUCGGCUGUCCGUCGCCAGAGAGAAACGGAUGUUCUCAGAUCAAGCCAGUCCGCGAAUACCGAGUCCUCGAGUAGCAAUUCGUCAGGGGUUGCGGAUAUAUUGCGUAUGAUGCAAAAAGAUCGACAGGUAGCUGGCCAGAAGUCUGCCACCUACGCGGAUGGGCUUAGGAAACGACAGGAGGAAACCUACCAGGCAUACGGCAAUCGUGCGCCUCCAUAUAACCUGCACGUCUAUGCCCACAAACACAAUACGAUAAUCACACUUACAAGGCCAAACGGAAACCCAUUGAUGUCUCUCGGCUGUGGUAAUAUCGGAUUUCGCAAAUCUCAUCGUUCCGGGUACGACCCGGCCUACCAACUUUCCUCACACGUCUUCGCACAAAUCCAAGAAAAGGGCUUGUUACAUGAAAUCAAGGGAAUUACACUCGUGUUGCGAGGCUUUGGAAUGGGCCGGGAGGCCUUCAUCAAGGUGUUGCUUGGAAACGAAGGACGAAACGUUCGGCCGUUAGUCACACGCGUCACGGACAAUACCACAAUAAAAUUUGGUGGUACGAGGAGCAGACAUGUGCGCAGACUGGGUUAA